CAAACAAGCAGAGAUAGAUGGCUCUUUAUUGAAUUCAUCUAAAGAAACACAAAAACUUGAUUAACAUUAAAGAUAAUCCAUUAGUUUCAAUUCCUUACAAUCCAACCCGAAUGAAAUAAACUAAAAUGAAAAUAACAUUACCAAAGAUGAUAUGAAAGGAAGUUGGGGAUGGAGUGGACAAAAAGUUAAGACCAAUGUUAUGCUAUUGAAACCAUUACAUAAACUGGCACCGCCAGAGCCCAGUACCUGCACACGGUAUCAUUUCCAUUUUGGUCACCAAACCAAACAUUAUUAUGAUUAUCAUUAUGAUUAUCAUUAUGAUAUCAUUUUCCUUCCUUAUGCACAAUUUGCGACGAAGAGAAUACGAAUUGGGCAUAGUACUGACCUGCUAGGAUAGUAAUAGAUUCCAAGGGAAUGAAGGAAAGACUCAGGAAGAUAUGCCCAAAUCAAGUAUAUAACUGUAGCAACGACGGUUGAGAUUGAACCGACGAAGCCGUAAACUUCCGAAGGUUUGGGGCCAUGCUCUACCGAUAGUCCAAACCCAGGACCUUUCUCAUCUCUAGCUCUCUGUCUCUUUGAUACACUCAAUAUUUCUAGGGCUACUAACGGAGCACGAAUCUGCCAUUGAUCCACAAUUGAUUCGCGAUCUUGGAUUUCUCGAGCACAAUGAGAAGAAGGGCGUUUUGAAAUUAACCUUCUGUUUCGAAGGUUUGGAAAUGAAUGAUAGAAGGACAGAAUUUAUAAUCCAAAAUGGUUUGAAAAAUAUAAAACCUUUUGGUCCAAUUUAGGAAGAAAGAUGUAAAAGAUGGGAGUGUGUGACGGAGAGGAGAAAAACCUACUUUGUGACGAAGAUGGGAGAGAGGGAAAUAGAAGAAAAAUAUAAAUGUAUUAACUUUUUUAAAUAAUAGAUUUUAACUUUUAGGUUAUAUAUUUCUACUCAUAUCAUUAUCUUCUUUUUAAUUAGUUAAGUUCAUUCAUUAAUUGUUGUUGACAAAAUAAGUCGAACAUAAAAAAAGCUGGUUGGUAAAAGAUUUAAAGUGUGAAUGUUGAUUUCGACUUUAAAGAUCCCUUACACAAUUAGAAUAUUCCAAACUUAGUUGGGCCACGUGCAAGCCAAUUCAUUGGUUAAAAGGGUAUCUUUGACUUGGACAACUUUUACCAAUAUUGUUUCGUAUUUUUUGAUGUAACCUAACACAAAAACUUGAAAAUUCUAAGUCAUCAACCCUGAAUGACUAGAAAAUUGUAGCUCUCAUGCGUAAGUCUAACAUAAUUAUCUAAUUUGAACUCUGAAAUCUUAUUGUUCGUUUUCUUUUUCUUACUUGGAUACUAAAGUAAAACUAUAAAUUUAAUGUAUAGUAUAUUCAAAACUUAUUGAAGUAUAUUCAAACGUUAGUUGAGUUAAACUUUUGUUAAUUAUAAUUCAGUUUUUUUAAGUAACACAACUGGUGUUUGAGGAUUCAAACCUUCGACUUUAAGAAGAGUAUGUAAAUUAUCGCUAAGCUAAACUCACUUUUAACUCAACCAUAAUUCGAUUGGUCAAAGGCAAAAAAAAAAACUAACCAUAUAAACUUACAUACAAUGUUAUUUUUCAAAGUCAAAAUGACAUUAUACGUUAUAUAAAGUUUAUUGAAAGAAAGUAAUAAAGAGAAAACGAAAAGAAUUUAAGAUUAAAGAGAACAUUUAAAACAAUUAAUUUCAACAUCUUUAAACAGUCAAAUAGUAUUUAAUUACGAUCCAAUCGCACCUUAGAAUUUACUCAAAGAAGAACCAACGAAGAGAAUUAAAGAAGAGAAAGACCACCGUAGCCGUUGCAAUUACGCGACCUCACAUUAAGAAUUAAAAAUGAAAAAAUGAAAAAAUGAAAAUGGUAAAUUACAUAAAUACCCCUGUACCGACCGUAACGCUUAUUUUAAGGCAUAACUUACGUGCCCAUUCUUACGGUCAAUCCAUUUCUCUCUAUUUAACCUCUCACUGCCCCUUCCCUUUAUUUCCGCGUUUUCCCUCCUCUUCGAUCCUUCUUCAGAUCUCUCUCUUUCCCCACCUUCGCGCGCGCUCCAUUUUCAACUAUAGUUAGUUCUGUUUAAAUCAGUGUCAUGGGGACUGUCGUUGAUGCUGCUCCAAUCAAGGAAACCAAUGGAAGUUUAGCUGAGAAGAAGCCUACAGUUGUCUUUGUUUUGGGUGGACCAGGAAGUGGCAAGGGUACUCAAUGUGCAAAUAUUGUCAAACACUUUGGGUACACUCACCUUAGUGCUGGAGAUCUUCUCCGAGCAGAGAUAAAAUCUGGCUCAGAGAAUGGCACGAUGAUUCAAAACAUGAUCAAAGAAGGGAAGAUUGUUCCUUCUGAGGUCACCAUAAAGCUUCUUCAACGAGCUAUAGAGGAAAGUGGCAACGAGAAAUUUCUUAUUGAUGGAUUUCCUCGUAAUGAGGAAAAUCGUGCUGCAUUUGAAGCAGUUACGGGCAUUGAACCAUCUGUAGUCCUGUUCUUUGAUUGUCCUGAGGAAGAGAUGGAGAAGCGCUUGUUGAGUAGGAAUGAGGGAAGAGUGGAUGACAACAUUGAAACAAUUAGGAAGCGAUUUAGGGUUUUCUUGGAGUCUAGUAUUCCUGUGAUUCAAUAUUAUGAAUCCAAAGAGAAAGUUCGGAAGAUUGAUGCUGCGAGGCCUGUUGAGGAGGUGUUCGAAUCCGUUAAAGCCGUUUUUACUCCAAAAAGUGAAAAGGCUGACUGAGGAUAACUGCCCAAUAGUUUUUGCAUUGUUAUCUUUGAGGUAUUGAUUUUGGUGGCAGCAUCAGAGUUGGAUGUUUAGGUUCUAUUCUAUACAACAAGGAGUUUAACCAUAUUCUUAUUAUUGUUACCGUACCUUUUAUUACUAAGAUUUGUAAUAGUAAUUAGGAGGGUUCGAAAAAUGUGUCUAUGUCUUUAUAUUCUUCUUAUUAAGAUUGUAUCCAUUGAUUUAAAUAAUAAAAGCAAGUAUUGGUUCUCUAUUA